ACAUGUGUUGUGCAAUACCGGUUGUUGUUAUUGUUUAUUAUUUUGAAAAUGCAGCAGCUGCGAAUCGCCAUGAUCCGUGGCCUGGCUGGAAGGAUUCGCCUCCAAUCGAGGAGUGCCCACAGUGCCAGUGCCGAGAUCUACGACGUGGUCGUCAUCGGAGGCGGACAUGCCGGAACAGAGGCCUCGGCGGCAGCCGCUCGCAUGGGAUCCCGCACCCUGCUGCUCACCCACAAGCUGGAGACCAUUGGCGAGAUGUCGUGCAAUCCCUCGUUCGGCGGCAUUGGCAAGGGCCACCUGAUGCGCGAAGUGGACGCCCUGGAUGGCGUUUGUGCCCGCUGCUGCGAUGUGUCGGGAGUUCACUACAAGGUGCUCAACAGGCGGCGCGGACCGGCGGUCUGGGGGCCCAGGGCCCAGAUCGAUCGCCAGCUGUACAAGAAGGCUGUGCAGCGGGAACUGCAUAGUACGCCUAACCUGGAGAUCCGAGCCGCUGCCGUGGACAACCUUCUGAUCGAGGAUGAACAGAAUACCCAAACCCGACGUUGUGCCGGAGUCCUAUUGGCCAACGGCGAGGUGGUGCGCAGUCGAUCCGUGGUGCUCACCACGGGCACUUUCCUCAGGGCGCACAUAAAUAUCGGUCUGGAGGUUCGUCCAGCCGGACGGAUUGGUGAUGCUCCUGCCAAAGCUCUGGGGGAAGCCAUCGACCGAUUGGGCUUUCGCAUGGGAAGACUGAAAACAGGAACUCCUCCUAGGAUAGCAAAGAGCAGUGUGGAUUACUCUCAGCUCCAAAGACAUGACGGUGAUGAUCCGCCUAUGCCAUUCUCCUUCCUCAACAGAGAAGUGUGGAUUCCGGCCAAAGAUCAGCUACCCUGCUAUCUCACAUACACGACGCCAAAGGUCAGCGACAUUGUCCGCAACAAUCUUCACGUGAAUCGUCAUGUCACCGAGGAGAUAACAGGCCCACGUUACUGUCCUUCGAUUGAGUCGAAAAUCCUGCGGUUCGGCGCCAAGGUUCAUCAGGUCUGGUUGGAGCCAGAAGGUCUGGACAGUCCUUUGGUGUACCCACAGGGAAUUUCCUGCACGCUACCCCACGACCAGCAAGUUGAGCUCGUCCAUGCCAUACAGGGUCUGGAGAAAGCGGAAGUUGUUCAACCCGGAUACGGAGUGGAGUAUGAUUUCAUAGAUCCCCGCGAGCUGUAUCCCACGCUGGAAACGAAGCGAGUGCCAGGACUCUUCUUCGCUGGACAGAUAAAUGGAACCACGGGCUACGAAGAGGCAGCUGCCCAGGGCAUCAUAGCUGGUGCUAAUGCAGCUGGCAAAACCCGCCACAGUGACGGAAGGCAACUAACUAUUAGUCGAACAGAAGGAUACAUUGGCGUGCUGAUCGAUGACCUCACAUCUUUGGGAACCAACGAGCCCUACCGCAUGUUCACGAGCCGAGCAGAGUUCCGUUUGUCGCUUCGGCCGGACAACGCUGACAUGCGACUUACCCAAAAGGGCUACGAGUUUGGUCUAGUAUCCCCACAUCGCUAUCAGCAUUUCCAGCAAACCGAGGAGAGAUUACAAUCUGCCAUGGAGUCCUUAAGGCGAUUACGAAAACACACCCACUAUUGGAGACAGGCUCUGGACUUGCCCAAAGCCAAGGCGUCGGUGGAGAAAACUGCCUUCGAUAUGCUUGGCAUUCCGGCGGACAACAUCACGGUGGAUCAGUUAAUCCAGCUCCAUCCCAACGAACUGAGUUGGCUGAACGGAGAGCGAAACUUGGCCGAAAGGCUGAAAAUCGAGGCGCUGUACUCGUUCUUUGUCGAUGAACAGCAACGGGAUGUGGAGGAUGUGCGUCGUGAGGAGCGCCUAUCUAUUCCCGCCGACAUUGAUUACUUCUCCAAGUCACUGAGCUUGUCCAACGAGGAAAGACAGAAGCUGACGCUCAUUCAACCACAGACUAUUGCAGCAGCUAGUAGAAUUCAAGGGGUAACUCCUUCGACAAUUGUUAGGAUACUGAAGUAUGUUAAGAAAGCCGAGGUAGCGAAAGCGUAGUAAAGAUUAUAUAUAGUUUGUAAAUAUAGAAUCUUAUUAAAUAUUUGUACUUGAAACUUUUUUUUGUCGAUUUUUUAAAAUGGAAUAUAAUUUCUUAUUUGUGCAAUCUAUUUAACGUUAGUCUCCUGACUACAAGCAGACCUAUUAUAGACAGGUCCACAAAAUAGAAGCAAAUUAAUCCUCAAAAGUGUUACCUUUUUGUCAUAUUUUCACCUUAUCUUCCCGCCUAUUUUGCUGGUCUGCAGUAGUCAUCAUGACUUUACCAUAGUCUCCCAACCAAAAAACAAUUUUCAUAGUACAUCCUUAAGUAGAGUUUAUUUCAUAAAAUCAUAAAUGCCUUAUGUAAAGUUGCACAAUAUUGUUUAAAUGUUUGUUUCGCAUAUCGUUUGCCACAUGGUUGAACAUUCGUACAUAUCUAUUUUGCUGCGCGAUUGUGUUGGCUCGAGUGAGUUGAUAUAUGUAUACCCAACUAUAUGCUGUGGUCGUGUGAGGAUCUGAGAAAGAAGCGCCCGUCUGCUGAAUAAUCCGAUGGGUAACCUGUCAGGACAUUUAAAGACUGGCUUUUAAAUACAUUUUUGGGCAGACUUAAGCGCUCCUCCUUAUGUCUAUUGCUAUUUUUUCGGUAGCUGUAGUAAUUGUGAACAUUUGUAUUUGCUUUUCGGGAUCGAUUGCGUUUCGGUUAGCUUACAGUUUAAUGUUUUACACUUUGUAUUCUGUUUACACACACAACGAAGAUUGAGGGGGAGUUACAGUACAUUUAAUUUACGAUCGAUUUGUUUUCUUUUGUUAAGGUUGUAUUUGAAACUAUUUGCAGUAGUUGAAUAGCUAUCGCAUGGCAUUUGUGGUUACGUUACUAGAUGCGCGCCAAUCGAUUUCAGUUAUGUGUGUCAUUCAAGAAUCUAUUACGAUUAGUUAAUAAAAUAUAUUCAUUUUCAGUUUUACUGGUACAUACACAUAGUUUUGUCAAAAGGAAAAGUCGACUUGCAUAUGGCGGAAUUUGUACGGAAUUGUCGAAGCGUAUCGGUGUCCGUAUUUAUCUAUUCAAUAAGGACACCAUAACAUUCUGGGACACC